AUGGCGAGCACCGGAGCAUCAACCAUGCUGAUGCCUAUGUCUUAUGCCAAAAGGAGAAUUGCCCCGACACCUCCCUUGCAUGUUGACGCUGAACAUGUCGACAGCCAAGGUAGCGCCUCUGGCAAUCAAACAGGUAACAGGAACUCUUCCUCAUUCAUCUUUGAAUUUACUGCCACAACGGGAUCGGCCAGCGAUGCAGAGCUGGUUGAUCUCCACCUGUCCAUCAGCUGCAGAAGAGCACCCUCAGUAUAUGAGGCAGCUCUUCCUCAAAUCAAGGAGGAAGACAGCGAGAACAGAAGGUCUCUCCACGAGGCCCGACGACAACGUGAUUGGGAACUGUCCCAGGUGUGGGAUGUGUUCCAAGAGCAGAUUUCCGAUGCAGGCGGUAUGGUCGAGGAAGUGACUACUGAGUUUGAGGAUUUUUUCAGUGAAACCCGCAACAAACUCAAUAGAUACCACGCCAAGUUCGCCAAGGCUGUCAAGGGGUCCAAGCAUAGCCUUGACGUCUUCGGCAAGACUUUGAAGGACUCUGGCCAGAAUGGCCAAUGGAGAGUCUCUCGACGAAGCUGCCCAAGCCAUAGAGGCGAAGGAGCUCGACAGGCUGCGAGUCUCCCAGACCAAAAGUCCUGUGGAUGA